AUGAGUGACUUGGAUAGAGCGAUUGCGCAAUUGCGCGCAUGCCGACCAAUUCCAGAAGCACAAGUCCGAGAGCUAUGCCACAAAGCAAGAGAGCUGCUGAUCGAAGAAGGGAACGUUGUGACUGUGACAGCGCCAGUAACAAUAUGUGGAGACAUCCAUGGCCAAUUCCACGAUUUGAUGGAACUCUUCCGGGUCGGCGGUGAUGUUCCAGAUACGAACUACCUGUUCAUGGGCGAUUUCGUAGACCGCGGCUUCUACUCUCUCGAAACCUUCCUCCUCCUCUUGUGCCUCAAAGUCCGAUAUCCAGACCGAAUGACCCUGAUCCGAGGCAACCACGAGUCCAGACAGAUCACAACAGUAUACGGCUUCUAUGAUGAGUGUCUCAGGAAGUAUGGAAGUGCAAAUGUCUGGAGAUAUUGCUGUGAAGUCUUUGACUACCUGGCCCUAGGAGCUCUUGUUCUCGGAGCCUCCAGCAGCCUUGAGCCCUCGAAGCACAAGGUCGCCGGCCCACCAGGUUCAGGAGCUUCAGGGUUCAGCAGAGGGUCAACGGGAAAUCCCAGCGGGGCCAUACUUUGCGUUCAUGGAGGUCUUUCGCCAUUGAUCGACACGAUAGACAAGAUCCGAUUGUUGGACCGUAAGCAAGAAGUCCCGCAUGAAGGGGCCAUGUGUGAUCUCCUCUGGUCAGAUCCGGACGAGAUCGAUGGAUGGGGCUUGUCGCCACGAGGGGCAGGAUUUCUGUUCGGAGCCGAUAUCGUCAAAGUCUUCAAUCACACAAACAACCUCUCCAUGAUUGCACGAGCCCAUCAGUUGGUUAUGGAGGGUUUCAAGGAAAUGUUUGACAACAGUAUCGUAACGGUCUGGUCAGCUCCAAAUUACUGCUACAGAUGCGGCAACGUAGCUGCAAUCCUGGAGCUGGGCGAAGAUGGCACCGGCGACGGUAUCGUUCAACGAAGCAAUGGGGAUGUAAACAGGAGUGACGGUGGACUGAAGGAAAAGCAGAGGGUUCUGAUGAGUGGUCCAGCCAGAAGAUAUCGGGUCUUCCAGGCGGCUCCACAAGACUCGAGGGGCAUGCCAGCAAAGAAGCCUGUGGCUGAUUAUUUCCUUUAG